CGUUGAUGCUCUCUCUAAUUGCAACAGGGCAUUGCAAAGAAUAAUAGUACCUUUCUCGCUCAACAGUUGAGUUAUUCCAGCCGUUUCCCUCCCACUCUAAGGCUGCAUCAAUCCCUACCAUAAAUGUCCACAAUAGUCUUGUCGCCACGCUGUCUGGCUUCAGAUGUCAUCAACAGGUUCCAUCGACUUGCCUCAUAGUUUUGCGGAUGUGAGAGUAAGACAAUGGGGCGAUAAGGGCCUCGAACUGUUCGCCCCUGAGACCAAAGGCGCGGGGUUGCAAGGAACCGAUGAAGUUCCAAAACAUCAACGCAUCAAGGAUCACCUAGAGAAUAUUGGAAAAGCCCGUAUAGAAGCCAUUGGCAAUGCUCGUAAGGAAAGUGUCCGAAAACCUCGUUGGGAUGACCCAGGAAAGUCUACUAAGUUGACAUGGAUACAUAUUCCACGUAACGAUAUGGCGCUGUGCGAAGCUGUACUCAAGAUAGUCUGUGCAAAGAAGCAUGUAGAUGUGUUGCUUGAUGAAGAAUAUUGGUCGGGCCAACUGCGCGGAACUUGGGAUGCUAGAACAAGCAAUGACUGGGACGGAACACUCGUUGGCGCUCCGUUCAUGGAAGCAACUGCAUUUACCCUCCACUUUAGAACUGAGGAGGGAACCGAGUUCCAAGGAAGUCAAUGGGAUCUUUUGGAGGAUAGAGGGGCUAAAGGAAGUCUAGAGAGGAUACAAAAUACUAUCAUAUACAUGCCGUAUCUACAUUGGGACAAGCUCUCAAGGCACAAACAGGAACUCAAGGGGCGCAAAGAAAGGCUGGAAAAGCGAAACAAUCAGCACCAAAAGCACAAAGACUUAACCCAAUACCGGAACGAGACCCUACAUCCACGCCGAAGUCUCGAUGAGGCAGGCUACAACUAUCAUACUUAUGAGAGCCUUGAAAGACGAAAUGAUGACCAGGUCGUAACAAGAUUUCUUCGGAAAUAUGCAAACGUAGAAGAUUCGGAUCGGCUUACACUUAUGGUGGUUGAUCAACUUUGGUUGUGGAUCCUGGAUGACGACACCCUAGUAACAAGCUUCCCUAAUACUCCCGAAAAGGAUCACCCAGAAUAUUCUUCCAUGACCGCCAAAGCCAUCAAAACCUACGUUACCUUGAAAUUUUCAAUAUGUCUAUUGCCGAACAGGUCAAAGUCUACGGAGCUUUUUCAAGCCCUGGACAUCGCAUCGAAACUAGCAAAUAAGACCAACCGGAAGGCGGAGAACGCACCCUCAGGGGAUGUACUUCGCAUCGAGCAAGACAUAACCGCUAUUGGAAAUAUUCGGGACAUACAUGAGGAGCUUCAGAUGAUGGUCCACAUCGUAGAUCUGCAGCUGAGGGCUCUCGGAAGCACGCACCUACAUAGCCACAGGACAUGGGAGGAGGACCUUCAUGUACACAAGGAGAAACUGCAAGCCCUAUCCCAACAAGCGACGGAUAUACAUGAGAUGCUCUUCAAAACGUUGGAAGUGAAGCAGACUUCGCUUAGUAUACGCCAGAAUGAGGUUGUCAUCACUUUCACGGUAGUGACUAUUGUCUUCCUUCCCUUGAGUUUCAUCAGUUCCAUUUUCGGCAUGAACGCAGCAGAAAUAAACAACGGAUCCCCGUUAGGCAUGGGCAUUAUAUUCGCGUACAUGUUUCCUAUAAGUCUACUCAUUAUAUCGUUCACUCUUGUUCUAUCGUUUUCUUCUCCGGUUAGAGAUUAUCUUAAACAGUUCAGGGUCGCUGGUCGUAAAAGCUGGUUACGAUUAAAUGACAGCGGGAAGAAUAAUGGUAACAAGGGUAGCGGAAAUGAAGGCAGCGGCACAGCGAAAGUCAAUGUGGCUAAUGAUCGUUAUGUUUCUGAAAAGGGUAUCACCGAGCACAUAUUACAGCCAGUUGGCUCACCGGUAUAA